AUGGUCAAUUCCCAAAGCACAGCACAAUACCGCAAUCUCCCCGUCAAAGUCGACCACAUGGCCCCUCCCAACCAAAAUCUCCGUAGCAUGGUAAGCGGACAUGAAACCAUCUUAUUCCACCUCAUCCACAAUUACAUGAACAGUGAGGAUUUCCUCGCAAAGACACCUUUCGCAACAAAUCGCGAAUACACACCCGAACUAUUCAAACAUCUCCAAGAGAAUUUUCCCGCCUAUGAUGACACGGACGUCGAAGUGGCGCUCGUGACGCACAUAUUGGUCGAAGAUGAGAAAAAUGGAGAUGGCGCUGAAUUUUUGAAGCUUUACUCUCUCUGUGCGAGGAUGCAAGAUGUCCACCAUCUCGACUAUCUUGAAGAUGACAAAUUCAUCCGUGCGAUGAAGGUGUUUCGCCCCGGAGGUUACGAGAUCAGAGACGAAGAUACUUUCGAAUGUCUACUUGAUCAAGCUUCUAGCUUCAGUCGUAGUGUACCGAAGGGUCCGGGGACAAUCUCAGAUUUGAUACGACGUCCGGCUGCAAGCAUUGUAUUGAUGAGGGAAAUGAAGAGAAUUAUCAAUGUCAAUUCAGGACAACCUGACGAAUUUCGACUUGCUGAUUUUAUGCAUUUCAACCAUGAAGAGGCGGUUUUCGAAGGUUGCUCUGAUUUGCUGGACGCUUGCAUCUACUUCAAUCGCGAAUUUGAAUCUUGGAUAACAACGGCCGAGUACGAACAAUAUUGUACACCUUUAAUAUACAAGACCCUUGAGAUGAAAUUCACGAACAUGGAUCCCGAUCGCCUUUCGCAAAUAAUAGAUAAGAAGUUGAAAGUGAUUGAUAGUUCAUGGGACGAAGCCACUAAGUUAGGUAUGAUAGAGAAGAAUGUGCGAGUUCUCAACCAGAUCCUAGAUCUCAAUAUGCAUCAGGAUUCCAUGCGACAAGCAUUGACCACCCUCUCCAUCGCUUACCAGUGGCCAAAACAAAGAGCUGCGUUAUUCUUGGCUGAAUGUUCACCCUGGGACUUGUGCUACGAGCUGGGUGGAAUCGAAACUGAUGAUGGAUCUUCGGUCUUGCGAUUCCUAAAGAAAGAGGACUUCGUUAUGGAUACUUCGGGAAGAUGA